UUCACCCACAAUCCGAAAACAAGACGCGCCGAAUUCAACAAAGUGAAAUUAGUUAACUCGGCUUUGGCGUAUGCGUACGCUUGUGCAAGUGUGCGUGUGUUUUUCUUUGUAUAUAGACUCGCAGAGCGAGACGCCCGUAUACGAAGUCCGGACGGUACGGCAGGACCAACCGUUAGACCAGCGAACAAACAAGUUGGAGAGAGCCAUAAACAAAGGACUUUGCACUGGGCACUCAAAGGCAGACAGCUGGCAAGACAAGAUUCGAAGUAGCUGGAGCAGGAGCAGGACCACGAUCAGGAGCAGCUACAACACCCGGCAGACAGCACAGCCACUGAGAGCGACGUGAACCAAUGGGCACCAACUCGGGAGCCACCGCUGGCAUCAACAACAAGCCGGUUGGCGGUGCGGGAGGAGCCGGCGUCCUUGGCGGCGGCGGAGUGGGCGGUGCCAACUCCUCCAUCGGCGGCGUCCUGUCCAACAGCCUGGGCGGCGGCGGCAGUGGCGGUCUGAGCAUCAGCGGCCUGAACGCUGGUGGACAGAACGCCAAUGUUGGCGGCCUAAUCGGCGUCGGCGGUAUGGGCAACGUUGGCGGUGAUGACGGUGGCAACGGGAUGGUCGGCGGCGGACCCAACAAUCAGCAGGCCACCACGCCCCAGUACACAAUACCGGGCAUCUUGCACUUCAUCCAGCACGAGUGGUCACGCUUCGAGCUGGAGCGAUCACAGUGGGACGUGGACAGGGCCGAAUUGCAGGCUCGCAUAGCAAUGCUUUUGGGGGAGCGCAAGUGCUUGGAAAGUCUCAAAUCGGAUCUGACGCGCCGCAUCAAGAUGCUGGAGUACGCGUUGCGCCAGGAGCGAGCCAAGUUCUAUCGAUUAAAAUACGGCACCGAUCCGCCGCAGCUAAAUGAGUUCAAGCCUUCGAACGAGGACGCUGGGCUGGCCGGAGAGGUGGCCACCGAUUCGGAGGUGCCCUACAGCAGUGUCUCGAACACCACGUGGCGACAGGGACGGCAGAUGCUGCGCCAGUAUCUGGCCGAGAUCGGCUACACAGACAACAUCAUCGACGUGCGCUCCAAUCGGGUGCGCUCGAUCCUUGGUUUGAACAACAAUGCGGAGCACGACGGCAGCGGCGGCGGUCUGGGCGGCGGACUUGGUAGCGGCACCGGCGGCGAGAACCUUAGCCCAAACAUCAAUGGAAACGAGAGCAACAAGCGGGCCUCGGAGACGGAAGGCCGUCAUACUCCCGCCAAAAAAGUGCAACAAUCGAUCGACGAGAUAAUCGUGGACACCGAGGCGGCUGUGAUGGCGAACUUUGAGUUCCUGGGCGCCACCGAAAUGUCAGACGACGACGAGAUAUCUGACGACCUGGAGAUGGUGGCCACCGACAAUGACGACACGGACGUGAAGAUGGCCAAGCGCGCCAAGUCGGGCAAGGAUAUGCUCACCGAGGAUCUUGAGGCCGAUGUGGGAGAGCAGCUAUUGAACGAUAUGAAUCUCAUGACCGAAGAGGUGGACGGCUCAUUGGGACUGGGCGAGCUGGCCCAGCUGACGGUCAAUAACGAAUCCGAUGGAGCGUACGAUGCGAACUCCAAGGACGGAAGUGGCGGCAGUGCCGGCGGUGCUGGUUACCGCAAGACCUGGAACGCCAAGUAUACGCUUCGCUCGCACUUUGACGGAGUCCGCUCACUGAUUUUCCAUCCCGAGGAGCCGGUGCUGAUUACCGCCUCCGAGGAUCACACGCUGAAGCUGUGGAAUCUGCAGAAGACGGUGCAGGCCAAGAAGUCGGCCAGCCUGGAUGUGGAGCCGCUGUAUACGUUCCGGGCCCACACGGGACCAGUUCUGUGCCUGGGCAUGUCGUCCAGCGGGGAGACAUGCUACUCGGGCGGACUGGACGGCAACAUCGAGUGCUGGCAGUUGCCGUCGCCGAACAUCGAUCCGUACGAUUGCUAUGACCCGAAUGUGCAUUCCGGCACGCUCGAGGGACACACAGACGCCGUGUGGGGCCUUACCACCAUGCAGAGCAACAUUGUUUCAUGCUCGGCGGACGGAACGGUGAAGCUGUGGUCGCCCUACAACAAGGAGCCGCUGCUGCGCACUUACACCGCCUCCGAGGCGGAGGGUGCGCCCUCCUCGGUGGACUUUGUGCGCAACGAGGUGGACCACAUCGUGGUGGCCUACAACAGUGCCCACUGCAUCGUGUACGACACGGAGACGGGCAAGCAGGUGGUGCGACUGGAGGCGGCCCAGGAGAUGUCCGGCAAUACGGGGAAGUUCAUCAACAAGGUGGUGUCGCAUCCUACGCUCCCCAUCACGAUCACCGCGCACGAGGACCGCCACAUCCGCUUUUGGGACAACACAUCCGGCACUCUGGUACAUUCGAUGGUGGCGCAUUUGGAGCCGGUCACCUCGCUGGCGGUCGAUGCACAUGGGCUGUAUUUGCUGUCCGGCUCGCACGACUGCUCGAUACGGCUGUGGAAUCUGGACAAUAAGACGUGCGUGCAGGAGAUCACGGCGCACCGCAAGAAGUUCGACGAGAGUAUAUUCGAUGUGGCCUUCCAUGCCACAAAACCGUACAUCGCCAGUGCCGGGGCCGAUGGUCUCGCCAAGGUGUUUGUCUAAGUGGGACCACCACCACCACCCCACCAACACCACCUCCCUGGCCACGUCGGAUCGAACGAAUUCAGAAUUCGGAAUCCAGAGUGCAGAUUGCAGAUUGCAAAUUGCAGAUUACAGAUUGCAGAAGCCGAAUCCACAGCCAGCAGCAGCUCACAGCUAAGCGAUUACGAGUUCGAGUUAAAUAAUUAUACAUACAUUAUAAAUAUACUAUACAUUUAUAUUUAAUUAUACUUCAACCGAGAACAACAACCAAUUAUGCAUACAAUAAUAAGAGAGGGAAGAAGAAGCCACAAACAUAAAAACCAAUUGCUAUAAAGUAAAACAAACAAAAAAUGAAAAAAAAAAACCAAACAAUAAAUUCAAAACGAGAAACGGCAUUUCGAGAAGAGCAACAGAGUCAAGUAACAGACGAGAGUCGCUUAAUCUAGGAACGUAAUUCUAAAGCAAUGCAUAUUACGGCAUAUAACCACAAAUAAGUGCAACAUGCAACACAUAAACAUUAUGUAUUUGUUCAAAAUAACACCGUAGCAAUGAAAAAGUUUGAUCUUGCUGUAGAUUCCCCGAACAAUGGGCGGGAUCAACUCAAGAUCGACCCUCUUUUCGGUUCUAAUUUUAAUAGCACCACUUGCACAGCGAUUGAUUGUUUGAAAACGAGUUGCCUAUGACAAAACAGUCAGACUCCUGUACAUUUUAUAUACAUACACAACCACACAAACACACAUAUAUAUACAUAUAUAUAUGUAUAUAUAUAUACUUAUUAUAUGCCCAUGGCACAACUUGAAAAUGGAUCGUCUGGCUGAAACAGAUUCAUAGGCACUCUCGCUGGGCAAGUGGCACAGGACAUGUUUCCUUGCCUGCAGGGCGGUCAAGUGCGUCCUGCAGCUGGAGGAAUGUGGAGCAAAACAUUUACGUAACGAAGUAGACGAUCAAAUUGAGUAGACUAAGCAAGGCAUAUAGACAUAUAACCAACCAACCAUAUAAACCGACCCCAUAUUAGCGAAAAAGCGAGAAAAAUUGUAUAUUAACAUUAAUUAGAGGACAGUCGAGGUGAGACUAGGAUGAAGGCGGGUUUAUUAAUGUCAAGUAGCGAGUCGAAAACGCAACCAUACAAAAACAAAAAACAAAAAAAAAUCACAAAAAAAUAAGAGAUGUGAAACGAAAAGAAACCUUAACAAUUAUUAAGUGCAGAAUGCUUCUAUAAUUUCUUUUGUCAUUACAAAGGGAGUACGCAAUGCUUGAUGGACCACGACCAUGUGCAGAUGAGAUAUAAAUAAUAAUUACAGGCAAGCUAUAAACCGUAUGCUAAGCUAUUUAUUUAAUUUAUGCAUAGUAUUAAACGAAUGAAACAAGCAAAACAAAAUGUUGGCGCCAAUCACUGAUCCAAUGGAUUUCGUAGUUGAAUAUAAAUUAGAUUCGCUUACCAUGGAUGCGUACUCGUAAUUUUAAUCAUGAAAAAUUUACGUUAAAUGAAAAUUUAGAAAUGUGACUUGAACGUGAACGCCGAGCAACUCAAUAUUAGUUUUAGUAUUACCAAUUAUUAUUACUAUUACGUGAAACCAUUCACUGACACUCUCCACAACAACUUUACACCCAAAACUUGAUAUUCGAAACCGAUGAAUCAGAAUCAAAAACAAAAACGAUUGCGAUCUUUGUACACCAAGCAAAUCCUCUAUUAUUUUAAUUAUUAUUUUAAUUUACGCCUUAGUUGUUUCAAUCAAGAACCCGAGUCACGUUAUGGAUCAUCUAGCUAUUCAUAACGCUUGGCGAUGAUAAUGAUGGUAAUAAAUAAAGAAGUGGUUGACCAGCAAGCAGCCACUUACAGUUAUAUAGCAGAUUUAUACAUUUACAUAUACAAUCUAUUGAUUUCUAAUUUUAACUGUAAAUUUUUGAUUUUUUAUUACCAUGUAUUUUUAUUUUAAAUAAAGUUUUACAAAAUGAA